CUCAGCAAACAGAGAGAUUCGUAACAUGGUCUGAAAUGAUUUUGCGGUGGUGUAAAAGCGCUGGACGGGGAUGCUGAAGUACUCUCAAAUGAAUUUGUAAUCAUAGAGAAAUGGUCACUCAGGAGAGGGGUGCUGGGUCAGAAACUGAGCAACAUCAAUAUCACAAUGAAAGAUUUUGUUCUAUCAUUGCUGAGUCGUGGAUACGGUCAAAUUGUACCAGAUGAAAAUGGCCAUGAUGGAAGACUGGAGGUCUGUUUUGAACCAGAGGACUACUUUAACUGGAAAUCCCAGCCUCCAUUGCUUCGUCUUACCAGCAGUGGCCAUUUUCUUGGACAUGUGGAGCCGGCUCCGCCAAAGACCUACAGUACAAGAAGAGGACCUCUUAUUCUCUAUUCCGAGGAUCUCGCCUUGUCAUACCAACCUGGUAUGGUUAACAGGAAGAGAAAGGCUCCUAGCGGCUCAAAACAUGAAGUAGAUUAUCAUCUGCACACAUUGCAGGACCUGACGGGAGCUAUUCUGGCUUAUGGAAAAAAGCAGUCAAAAGCUGGAUCUUUUGCUGGUGUAACACACCCCUUAAUACCAGAUACUAAACAUGCCAACAAGCUCAGCCACAUGCAUGGGAAAACUGAAGAGAAGCAUAAUCAAAGUAAAGAGAAAGGUGGACAGGUCAGAUACCAGCCAUGUUUUCUCUGUUCCCCUCGACCCAACAGGGCUGCUCUGGGCCCUCUACCACCCAUAACAAAAGGUCUGGUACACACAGAAAGUUUGAAGAAAACCCACCUGGCUCCAGAAGAGAGAGGUGAACAGGUCAGAUACCAGGCACAUUCCCUAUUUUCUCCUCGGAUCAACAGGGCCAACCGUGACCCUCUACCCCCCAUAACGGAGGGUUUGGUACAUACAGACCACCAGGAGAAAUCUCAGGCAUCAGAUGAACAAAUAACCUUUAAGACGAAAAUUCAGAAGAAGCCAAACGUGAAGAUAAGACAGAGUCUCAGGACAGAGGCUGACACAUGCAGAGCUCCCAUGAGUCCAAUCCUUGAGACAGAAGCUGCACAGGCAGAACCUGCAGAUCAGACAAUUCUCCCACAUUUGACUGACCAUCCUAAAGAUCCUAACGGUCAUGAGAAACACAGACUGAUGAAGAAUAUGAGUGGUGUUGGAGAGAUGUGCACUUUGAGGUCGGUGUAUGUGGACUCGUCUUUGGAUAGCUGCCCACUCUCACGCCUCAACUACUAUGGUGGACACAUGGAGGGAUUUCGCCAGAUCAGACAUUGUGGAGGUGAGACUAAAGUGAGGAGAGUGAACACAGAAACAGAUCCCAGCCUCACCAUCUCUUACUUACCUCCCAUUAACCCACCAGUCGACGCUGACAUCAGCACUUUAACAAUGAGUAAACCAAAAAUAAAUGAUUUGGGGAGCUGUGAAGAUUCACCAGAACAAGAACUGAAAGUGAAUCUCCCUAACAUCACACCCGGUACAACAUAUGUUAACCACCCAGAAAAAAGUGUGCAUACGAAAGUCCUGCUCCUUCUGCCUCCACAAAAAGAACACAUAGAGCCCCCUGCGCAACACGAUGAACUACAUGAGACCCUCAUUGAAGACAAUAAGACUUGUGGUGACAUGAAGCUUACAGAAGAGCUCCCUGAAAGAAGACAGGACCCUCUCUCUGACAGCACAUGCAGAAUUAUAGAGAUGGAUCUGGGGCAUGUUGCUUGGUCCAGUGCUCUUGAAAAAAGAGAUCAACAGCCCCCCAUAGGUCCAAUGCCUCCCCUGGUGGGCCGGAGGGGUCCAGGUAAACAAAGCUCAAUGGCUGUCUACAGUCAGAACCUUCAUGACCCCACAGACAUGACAGAUCCACAGACAGGAAACAUCAGAGGCUGUCUCCCUCCAGAGCUCAGAGAAAGGCAGGCAGGCGAAGCAGUAGGCACCUUAAUAAUGGGUCCUGAUGGUGAAAUCAUACGCUUGUCUCUCUGGGAUCCUGCGGUUGACACUGAGGACCACCCAAUAAUGGGUGAUGUCACUCAAGGCCACGUACUCAAGGUUGUGACUUCUGAGGAAGACCUAAAACAGCCAUGGACUAUUCUUAUACAGGAGAACCAUACAAGAAACAAAGGGGACAACACCACACAUAAUACAGAAGCAACUACUUUUAACAAGGAGCAGUUAGACUCUACUCAUGAGGUGUUUAUGGUCAAUCAACCUGCAAAGCGGAUUAAAGUCAAAAGGGUUGAGAAAAUGUUUGGAUCAUACAACAUUGUAAAGACACAGACCAAUACUCAGGAGGAGGAGCAGGAUGAGGAAGAUGAGGAACAGGAGGAAGAUGAGGAGGAGGAGCAGUGCGAGGAAGAUGAGGAAGAUGAUGAGGAGGAGCAGGACGAGGAAGAGGAGAAACAGGAGGAAGAUGAGGAGGAAUAUUUAGGCUCUGAUAAUGAAGUCUGUGACAAGGCACAGAUGUUUAAGAUCAGUUCUCGAGCCAGGCAGACUAAGGCCAAGAGGAAGAAACAUUUAGGCUCUGACACUGAAAUAAUUCAGAAGGAACAGGGGGUUAGAGUCAAUCCCAAAACAAAAAAGACUAAUGCCAAAAGGAAUGAUAAUGAUUUACACCCAGACAAUGAAAGAAUUCAGGAGGGACAGAACGGUUCCCAUGUUAAGCAGACUUAUCCCAAGAGGAAAGUUUAUUUAAGCUCUGGCAAUGAAAUAAAUCAGAAGGAAGAGACAAUAGAGGAACAAAGUCACUCUAUAACUCAUCGGCCCAGCAGACGAGGGGAGGGGACCACUGCAGUGCAAAGAAAGACAACAACUUUAAAGCCGGAAACAGGGGUGACACUUGGGUCAAGGAAGUCCAAAGGUGCAGCCCCUGCUAUCAGCCCAAAAUCAACACAAUUCACUCCCACAACGGAUACAUCAGGGGAAUCUCUCUCUACUCAUGGACAGGCAGAAAUUCAGACAGGAUUACCAGUGAGGGCAGACAAUGGUCAUUCCAAGAAUGCAGGUGGGACAGAAGAUGCAGAAUACAAACUGCUGGAGAACGUAAAGAAAAAUAAAAAGAUAAACAAGCAAACUGGCAAACCAAAGAGGAAGACUGUUCAAAUUGAUAAAAACGAUGAGACGCAGAAUAGCAGGGCCUUCAACGACACCUCUGCAACCUCAAAGCCAAAGAAAAAGAAAAAUAAGGAAAUGACUGAGGAAAAGAAGGUAGAGCUUACAGAAUCACAGGACCCAAAAGUUAAGGCUAAAAAGAAGAAAAAAGGUCAACCAGCCUUUGUUGUAGGAAAACCUCGGCCACAAGAAACUGAACGGAUAGCAAAUCAAGUGGAUAAGCCUGAGAGAGAGACCUAUGAGACUUAUGAGAGAGAGAUUUCACCCUACAAUACAGAGGAUGAUGAACUGGACAACAGUGUUACACAAGAGCACAACUAUACUGAAACUGGGGAUGACACGGAUGCUGACUCGGUCUGUACAGAGAUGCAAGAAGCACAGGAUUCUCCCAUAUCAGUUCACAGCAGCACCCACAGAUCCCAGUACUCACAGCUUACAGCACAGUCACAUUCCAGCACACAUAGACUCUCACAGAGCAGGACAACCUCAGUGGGAACGGUGGCCCAAUGUGGCCCAUGCAGUCCAGCAUCCCUGUCCCUCAUCCACUUACCACCUCAGUCAACACAACAGCCUACCUCAGACCCACCCAAAACUGAGUCAAGCAACAAGGUUAAAAUCAGUGAGAAGCCCAAUCUAAAAAACCAAACAGACACAAAAGCUGCAGCGCUGGCUGAAAAGGCCGAACGGCGGCGUCUGGAGGUGGAGAGAAAACGGAGGGAGAAAGAGGAAGAAAAGAAGAGAGAGCAAGAAAAAGAGGCAAUAGAAGAGAGGAUGAGGAUGGAACUGGAAGAAGAACAGAACAGGAGAGCAGAGGAAACAAGGUUACAAAAAAUUCGAGAAGAGGAGGAGAGAUGGAGGAGACAAGAGGAGGAGACGGAGAGACAGAGGAGAGAACAGGCAGAGAAGAACAGAGAACGAAGGCAACAGGAGGAGAAGAGGAGGCUGCUUGAACGGCUUCAGAGAGAACGACAGGAAGAAGAGAAACGUCAGGCUGCUGAACUGGAACGUCAGCGUUUGGAGGAGGAAGCUCGGAGAGAGGAGGAACGCAUUAAAAUGUCACAGAUGCAGGAGGAAGAGAGACUGGAGUACCUGCGCAGACUGCAUGAGGAAGAGGAGGAGAGGAGGAAGGAUGCUGAGGAAAGGAGAAGGAAGGAUGACGAAGCAGCAAGGCGAGCUGAAGAGGAGGCUAGAUUGCAGGCUGAACUGUUUGCAAGGCAGAGGGCAGCACUGGAGGAGCAAUUAAAGUUUCAAAGAGGUCUUUUUGUGGAGGCUGAAGGUCUUGAACAGACACAGGAUAUUUCUCGUCCCUGGGUUUUCUCCUAUUUCACUUUGUUGAAGCUGCUUGGCUUAGCCGAGUCCACUUGAGAACACACAUCCAGAUGUACUGUGAUGACUUCAUGUAAAUCACAAAUUUCAAUACCCAACAUUUCCAACUAUUGUUUCUGUUACUGUAUGUGCUGUUAAUGUGCAAUAGUUUGGGCUCUGUGAGAUAAGCUGAUCACAUAGUCAUGUCACUUGUCAAACCUCUUCAGCAUAUCUUUAACAGCACUUAUGUUGCUCAUAAAAAUCUGAUUUUACUUACUGCUUUGAAAUGAAAAAUGUUAGGUUUUCAAUUCUAUGCAUAAUUUAAUGUUAAAUAACAAUUGCAACAAAUGACAUUUAUUCAGACCUCUUGUUUAAUUGUAAGGGUCAGAAAAAAUGCCAAAAUGGCUUGUUUUAGUGCAAUAAUAUACUGACUAACAUUAUGAGUGGAUAUUUACUUAAAAAAUAUAAAAUAAUGUGAUGUUGUUUCUCUAGUUAACGUAAACGUAUUAAAAACUACACUGUAUACAUUCGUUUUAGAGACCGGAAGUUAAGUUCUGUUUGCGAAAAAGCGUGUGUGUCCGAUGAAACGGUCUAUAGGAAUAUAUAAGAUAUCCUAUCUCUUUUAGUCAGAUAAACGUUUUACACAUUAGGUUUCUAUUCAAGGAAUAAAGUCUAGAACAGUGGUUCCCAAACUUUUUCAGCGUGUGGCCCCCCUUGUGUACGGAGCAUUCCUUCGCGGCCCCCCAAAGAAAAUUUGUGACAAAAACUGUUCUAAAACUCAACAUUUUAAUAAAAAAAAACCAUUAAAUUAUACAAAAAAGUAGUGCUUUUGGUUAGUAGCCUUAUUUUUUUUAGGUUUAAUUAAACAGAAUUCAUGAUAAAUUAAUGUAUUUCAUAAAAUGUCAUAAAACUGGGGCCCCCCUGGCACCAUCUCGCAGCCCCCCUGGGGGCCCCGGCCCCCAGUUUGAAAACCACUGGUCUAGAACACACAGGACCGUUAAAGUAAAAUUCUCCUUUAUCAUAGGAAACAAGCGUGCCGCACAAGCCCUGAAAAGUGAAGCCAAAAUGCUCGAUCGCCCCCCAGUGACUGGUCCCAGUAUAGGUCAUAAACCCCGCCUCCCCAUGUUAUUCACUGGGACUUGAGACCAACUAAAAAAAUUAAUUACACUUCAAUUAUCUUUUUUCCGAACCUGGUUUCUGUCAUUUAUUGUAGUUUUUAUCACACUAAUGUAAAUUCAAAUGUUUGUUUUUAAAAUAAGUUUGUGUUUAGUUAGUUAUUUAAUGAUAUAAAAACGGUGGUGUCACGUCAUGAUUGACAGCUGUGAUAUCGUGUGAUAUGCGCAUUCUGCGAGAGCGAGGGCGGCGUUUUGAUUUUGCGGCUUCAUUUCACUACUGCGCAUGACUGGUCCCGAAAUCGCUACUGCGCAGACUAGGGAUGGGCGAUACCAGUUAUUUUCUUGUCGAUCCGAUACAAAGUACUUUUAAGACAAGUAUCGCCGAUUCCGAUACCGAUUCCGAUACUUUUAUGAAAUAUUUUUAUGUAUGUAUUAAAGUUUAUUAAAGUGAUUUUAUGGUGUCUUUUGAUAGCCAUCAUUAUUAAUAUCAAAUAAUAGACAUGACACCUUUUUGCACUGCAUACUAUUACGACAUUUCUUCCCUUUAUACGUUUUAGAGAUAAAACAAGUGAAUGUUAAAAUCAAAAUUUUCCUCUUGAGCCUGUUUUUUCUUUGACUGAUAAAGUCUACUGCUUUUAAAAAUAAAACAAGACCCUGA